AUUAUUGUUUAUUAAUUUCUAAAUUUUACUUCAAAAUUACCAUGGACAAAGAAUUUUUCGUGUGGGAUGAAGUCACUGAAGGAAUAGCAAUAUCAGGAAUCGACUCUAACGACGAGAUAAAGUAUAAGGGUAAAAGAAAACGUGUAAAAGCCGCAGAUUCUAGUAGCACUGGUACUAACAGGCACUUGGUCUUGGAAUUUAAAGAAACCUUGAGUUUUUUUGAACAGUCGAAAUUUCGGCUCCACUAUCGUCGUCAAGUGUCGAAAAACAGCGCCAACGAUGUGGUGCUCCUGCAAGACAUCAAAGACAUCGUGCUCUAUCUUCUCAACACCGCCAUCACGAUCGAACUCGUCGAGUUUCUGCACCUGGCGAUCGUCGAUCGCUUCUUGCGCGCCCUCAUACUCUACUUCCAGGAUUACAUCGUCACGUGGAAGGAGCUGGGCGAGCGACGCGCGGCCACGGCCAAGAGAGCCCCGAAUCCGCUGGCCGGCGGGGCUCGCCUCGACAGGUCCAACGAGAUGACGGCUCUGCGGUGCUGCCUGGCCCGAGAGUACGCGGACAUUUUGACGGCUUGCCAGAGGGAGGCGCGAAGGUAUCAUCACGUCGGAGCCGGCAAGAUUCAGUUCGUUCAGAGCAAGGGCGCCAAAGACCUGAGGAUUUUCGAGGGAACGAUGCAGAUCGCGCACAGAAUCGUUUGGAUAGCCUUGGGGCGAAAGCACAAAAAAUUAAUCGAACUGGAAUUGGAUCGGCUAUUUCGGACAGAAGCCUUCAACUCGGCUAAAAGACGCUUCGAACGAAGCGGAGAAGCAAAGGAACUACUCGUGCCCGUCGAUGAACAAUGGAUACUGUACGGACCACAAUUGCCAGAGCGUCAAAAAAUCCUGAGGAAUUCACCUAUGCCUUGGGAGCUUCUCAAUACUGAUUGCGACCAUCGUUUCCUGUCACUUGGUUUGACCAGCGAAAAGUCGCAAGACCCACGAGUCGUUUACCUCGAGAACGCGAUACUCGCCAACGAAGCCGACCUGGCCGCGUUGGACAUCAAAGUCGGCAUUCUCGGCAUGCCGAGGGCAGAUUUCGACCUGUUGCUCAUACCAGUCGCCGGCGACGACGAUCAGCAGCAGACAACCGUUCAGAAAGACGAUGACGAUCAAUCGAUCGCCCAAACCGAGGGAGCCGAUGACUACGAGACACUGUUGCCGGCAAGCGGAACAGAUUUAGAAUUAUCCAAGCCAUUCUCAUCGAAGAGAACGCGAGCCUACAUUUGUAACGAAAAAUUACGCGCGGAGAGCCGCAAAAAGUGGGUUUUGCGAGAAAAAAAGCGAGCCAUCGCAAAAAACACCGAUGAUUCUCAAUCCAUGCCUGCGACGCUAAGUAGAAAUGAUGCUUGAUUUCGACAAAUCACCGUCAAUAAUUAAAAAGCAAGCGUUAAAUUAAGUAUGUGAAUUGGAAAAUUAUAGAGUAAAUAACAUUAAAUGUGAAAUGACGAAAUUGUUUAAGCGACAAAUAACCAUGUAUAUCGUGUCAAAUAAACAACUUAAUCAUACAAAAAAUUAUAAAUAAUUAAGAGUGAAAUACUGAUUACGACAAUCAAACAGAAUCUCUAAUAGUAUAUGCAAGUUUCUUGGUCGAUUUAAUGCAUAGAUAUGAAAGAAAAAAUAAAAAAAUAAUAUUAUCUAUUAAGCCUGAGGGUGUAGAAAAUUUUAAAGCACAAAGCACUAAUCUAAAAGAGAAAUUCAAUGUAAAAAAUAUAACGCUAUUUUCCAUGUACAUAUGCGAUUGAUCAUAUGUGUACAGCCUAUAUCUAUUUACUAACGCGAACGAGAGACAAAAACAAAAUAAAAUGUUCUCUUAAUCGUAAAGAUAUUUCACACGCGUUUAUUAACGAUAUCUGCCGUUUUGACUGGUUUAUAUCAAAAGCAUUGAAUACAUAAAAAUGAAUUUUUUUUCUUUCGAAAAAGUGAUCAAACUAGCGAUGUACAAUAUUCUACCUUUUAAUUCUGAAACCCCCAAUAUGGGGAAAUAUAUCUACUUUUUGCAUUUGAAUGUAUCUGUUUUCUUUUUUUACAAACAGUGUUUAUCAUAUAUUUUGUUACUUAAAAGCGUGAAUUUUUAAAGUUAUUUGCUUCGUAAAUCAGUCUCGACUUAUUUUUCUGUACAUUUAUCUGCGAAUUUUCGGAAACCGGAUCGCAUUUUACAAAUUGUUCUUUCAAAGCGAACAUAAUGAUAUAUAUAUUUCAAAUCUUAUAAUAAGAUUUGCGACUUUUUUUUAAGACCCGUAAAAGAUCGAUGCAAACUUUACAUAUAAUCAUUUAUUCGUAAUAACAUUAGUGUAUGUUUUGUUCUGAUACAAAUGAUAUUUAUGUAGAUUACUGAUUUAUCUGAAUUUAUCAUGCAAACUUGAAACGAAAUUGAUUCAUGAAAAUAAAACAGAAUUCCGAAAGCUUACUGUAUGUUAAAAAUUUUUCAAUUUUUAAACAGAAUCUUUAUCGUUUUUUCUUAAAAAUUCAUAAAUUCGGAAAAUAAUAUUCGACUCUUGGACAGCGUUUCUCUAAAUAUACAUCGAACAUAUUACAAAUGAUAAAAUACGAGUCAAUGAACCAUUAUUAUUACGCAUAUCGCAUACGUAAUUAUACACGCAAUAGUUCAAGUUGAUUAAUAUUUAUCAUUCUCACUUUUUAGGG